UGCCUUCCCGAAAGUGCGUUUUUCUGCUCUCUUCCGAGUCGGAUUGAACCUCCUCAACCCCCGUAGGCUCUCGGUGGAAAGUGCCGGUCAAAAUGGAAGUGAACCCCCCCAAACAGGAGCACCUGCUGGCUCUGAAAGGUCCUGUUUCCCUCUGAUUUGGAAAGAGACAGUCUUGUAAUUUUAAAUUACAUCCUAGCUCUGAGGAGCUCAGCUAAGACAUUUUCUGUUCAUUAAGAGUAAUUGGAUUACUUCAGAAUGACCACAGAAAUAAUAUUGCAUUAUCGCCCAUAUGAGAGUGAUCCCACACAAUUGCUGAAAGUUGCAGAAAAAGCAAUUCAAGACUUUCCUACACAUCCACUAUCAAGAUUUAUCCCUUGGUUUCCACAUGAUGGGUCCAAACUUCCGCUCAAACCUAAACGAUCACCACCUGUGAUUUCUGAAGAGGCAGCUGAAGAUGUGAAACAAUCCUUAACCAUUUCAGAACAUGAUGUUAAAUCACAGAGUUAUGAUUGUACAGUAGCGCUAUUGGAGUUUCAACCUAAUUUGAAAGAAAAGAAGCACUUAAUCCGGUCACACACACUCAAUGAACAGACUACUUCUGGAAAUCUGGAUAAACAAUCAGAAAAAGGGAAACCGCACAAGAAGAGGUCUUGGAGUGUUUCGCUACCCGGCAGAAAUUGUACUGGAGAUAUUUUUCCUUUGUCUAAAAAAUUGCAAGAUAGUGUAAAGGCACUAGAUUUACACUUAUUUUACAGAGCAAGAUGGACAAUAGAUCACACUAUAUGUAACAACCAAACUCUGGAAGACAUUUGGGCAAAACUCAAUAGAAUUAUCAGGCACAAUGAGCUUCCAUCUUGUAAUGCUACAAUUCAGAGACAUUUGGGCCAAAUAUGGGUGUUCUGUGAUAUUAUGUACUGUGAAUAUGUGGGAAAUCUCCUUAAAGGAAGAUUAGCUCUUACUGGGAAAAUAAAUUUAUUUGUGCGUAAACAUGGUAUUAUUUUUAGUAUGUAAUGAAUUCCAGUGAUUGUCAAAAAGAAGACUAUUCUGAAUGAACAGUAUAUACUGAAAUAGAUUAAUAAAUUUUUUUACUAGUUUUUAAAUUUUUAAUUACAAUUUUUAUUUGAACCUUUGCUAGCAUAGCCUAUUUAUUCUUACCAUUGUGAGAAAUAAUUGUGUGGUAGUAUGUGUUCAGUUUGUAUCCCAUGAAUAAAUAUCAUGUGAGUUUGUAGACUUGUCAUUUAAGUCAAGAACUUUCUUGAUUCUACUUUUAACAGCCACUGUUUAAAU